AUGGGGAAGAAGUUGAAUGGUUUAGAGGCCUGGAGUAAUAACAAAGAUGUGAACAACAUGUGGGACAUGAUAGUUGGUUAUGUUAGAAAAGCAACUACCGAGGUUCUAGGGGUAUCGAGAGGAAUAUCUGGUGGUUGUCAACGAGAUUGGUGGUGGAAUGAAGAAGUACAAGGCAAAGUGAAAAUCAAGAAUGUUUACUAUAUAGAGUGGUUGGAGUGCCUGGAUGAAGAGGAGAAGAAUAGGCUUAAAGAUAUCUAUAAGAAGGCGAAGAUGGAAGCAAAGUCGGCAAUCAUCAGUGCUAAGACGACAACUUUUGAACGCAUGUAUGUCGAGUUUGGAGAAAAAAGUGAGGAGAAGAGAUUGUAUAGUCUCGCCAAAGAGAGAAAGAGAAAAGCCCGCGAUUUGGAUCUAGUAAAGUGCAUCAAGGAUGAGAAAGGUGAAGUGUUAGUGGAUGAGAUCUCUAUCAAGCAAAGGUGGCAAACGUACUUCCACAGACUCCUAAAUAAGAAAGGAGACAGAGACAUUGUACUGGGUAAGUUGGAGUACUCUCAUAGUCUUCGAGACUUUGGGUACUCCAGGUGUUUUAAGGUUGAGGCGGUUAGACAUGCUAUUAGCAGAAUGAGAAGGGGGAGAGUAACCGGACCCGAUAAGAUUUCGAUGGACUUUUGGAAGAGCACUGACAAGGCAGGUUUGGAGUGGUUAACUAAAUUAUUUAACGUUAUUUUGAAGACUGCUAAGAUGCCUAGUAAAUGGAGGUGGAAUACUAUGGCUGGAGCCAAGACUCGGGUUGGGAUGGUAGGAGGUGACUCAGAGCAUUUUCCUACUGAGAUGGAAUUAUAUCAGGGAUUUGUGCUGAGCCUUUUUCUUUUUGCCUUAGUGAUGGAUGAGCUGACACGGUCUAUUCAGGAGGAAGUUCUAUGGUGUAUGCUAUUUAUGGACGAUAUAGUUUUGAUUGAUGAGACUCAAGACAGAGUUAAUGAUAGGUUAGAGAUUUGGAGACAAACGCUGGAGUCCAAAGGUUUCAGUUUGACCAGGACCAAAACUUACUUGGUGUGA